UCUGUCAUGGGUGAAAAAAGUUCUUAGAAAACUUAAGUUUGCGUAGCAAUUCACAAACAUCAUUCUGUUGGUAAAUUUGAAAUAACUAACAUGAUGAUUAAAAUUUUAUAGUUUACUAAAUAAAAAAUGACUGGAAGACCCCCAUCAGGAGCAUUGAGGUUGGGUACUGGUGCACAUGGUGGACGGAUGGGCACUGCUGCUGGAGGAUUUGGGCCACCAGGAACUGGGAUGAGACCAGGAACAAGAGGAGGUGGUUUAGGAGGUGGAGCAUUAAAUUCCAUGGUUCAAGUCUCCGACCGACCUGUGACAAGACAAGGUCUUGGUGGAAUUAAAACGCAAUCACAAGGUCCUCAAAGGCAAGUUCAAGAUAAGUCAUACUGGCUUGGUAUGCUAAGAGGAAAGAUUACUGAAUUAAACAGUGAAAUCAACAAAAUGACUAAAGAAAUUACACAAUUUAAUCAAGAAAAUGCAAGCUAUGUCUCAUAUGAAAAAAGGGCCGAAGCAUUAGCUUCAGAAAUCAAAGACUUGCAAGGGGAACUUGCUGAUUACAAUGCUAUUGUCGAUAAAUUAAACACAAAUGCAGGAUUUGAAGACUUGGAAGAAGAUUAUCAAAUUUUAAAACAGCAAAAUGAAAAAGAAUCCAAAGCUAUUGAUACACUGUUUGCUCAAAAGCAAGACAAAGAUAUGCAAUUAAAACAACUUGAACUUGAGUUGGAUCAAGAAAGGAGAAUGACAGAAAGCUUAGUCGCUGACAUGCCACCAAAUGCAAGAGAAAAAUAUGCGAUGUUGAAAAACAGAAAUAUAAAGUUACAACAGGAGCUUGAGAAGAAGCAACAAGAUUUAGACAAUUUAAAUGUUAAAAUUGACGAAAUGGAAGAGGAAAUCUCACAAUCCCCUGUUAAACAAGAAGCUGUGACUUUGCAUGAAAAGAUCCAUGAAUUAGAAGAGAAACGAAUUUCACUUGUCGACGAGAUGAAGAAAAAGGAAACUCCAGCCGAAGAACGUGAAAGAUUGCUGAAACAGGUGAAAGAGGAUAAUCAAGAGAUUGCCAGGAUGGAACACAGAGUAAAGGAGAUUCAAGAAAAGACUGAGAAAUUACAAGAUGAAAUUAAUCAACUUGAUAUGGAUUUAGAGGAACAUCAUGGGGAGAGAACCGCAAAGUUUAAAGAAUUGAAAAAGAGAGAGGAAGAUAUGGACGAAUUCUUAGCCACCUUCGACAAAAAUAAACAAGAAGCAGAAGAAAAACAAAGAAGUCUUGAAGCAGAAAUCGUCCAACUGCUUGAGAAAAUCAGUCGAGCUACCAUUCAAACUAAACACAUGCCAUCUGGGAAUGAACUAAAACAAAUACAGAAUGAUUUGGAUUUUAAAGAGAACGAAAUGAACAAAUCAAAGGAGACAGCUCACGGUUUGGACGGAGAGCAUGCAAGACUUCAAAGCGAUUUAGAGAAAGUUCAACAGUUAGAAACCAAAAUUACAGACGAACUGAAUUCGUUGAAAGAAAAAAUCGCAAAAAUGCAAGAGGAGUUGACCACAUACAAUGAUUUGAACUCCCUGAAGAGAGGUGCUGAAGAAAAAAGAUCUCUUCUAACUCAAGAAAAAAAUGAACUGCAAGAAACGAGGAGCAGCAUGAAAGGAGACGUUCAACAGCUAUCCACUGAUUAUGAGGAAAAGAAAUCGAAACUUGAACAAAAUGAAACCUAUGUACAGCUUGGUAACUUGGAACGAAAAUGGCAACACUUGGAGCAAAAUAACUUUGCAAUAAAAGAUUAUAUUGCACAAAAAUCGGCAGAAAGCAAUUUUGGCGGGAUGAAAGAAAACGUAGACACUUUGUUGUAUCAGAUCAAUCAACAUCUUAUCCAAAAACUCAAUGGUGGUAGAUAAGAAUGGACGUUUAUUGAAUAGAUUGGACGGGAAUGCUUUAUGCUGAAUGUGAAAAUGGACUUAUUUUUCACUUCUUUUUCAAUUUGCACAUAUGCGUUUGAUAACAAAACGAAGCUAGGGACAAAUGAGCUUUCUUUUUUUGUCUUGUUAAACUGUAAAAUUGCUUUUAUCGUGUAAAAUGAUCUAAGUAGACUUUACGAAACUACACAUUUCUGUUCUGACAAUUUAGUUACAAGACGCCUUCAAAUUAGCUAUGUCGGCACUUUUAUGUUAAUUAUUCUCGAUUAUCAUGUAAAUAUUUUAGUUAAUAAAUAAUUUCAAAAAACGUUUAAAAUGUAUUUUUAAUAAUUAUGUGUUGCCGAUUUAAAUGUCUGUAAAAAGAAAAAAUAUCCCGAUCAA